AACAAAACGUCGCAGUUGUCAAAAUUCGUCAUCCUCGGCGCGAGUGUUUUUCGUUUGUCUUUAGCAGCUGGUUUGUCGACGAGAGGCGCAUUGAUCAUCAACAGAAGAAAAGACGACUUUCUUCCGGAAGAAAUUCCGAGAUAAAUCGUGACACCACGGUAAAUAAUCGAAACCGAACUUUGUUCGUAUAGGCAAGUGCAUUUUUGUUGAGUGACACACGGAAGGCGGUCGAAUAUUCGGAACACUGGUUGUGGAAUUUGUGCGUGGCUUUUGAGCUAGAAGAAGAGUGAAGAAAAUUGAUACAGAGCAGUGACGGAGUGAAAAUAGUCGGGAGUUCCCUUCGGAAGGUUUUUGAAACUACAGCUGUGUGGACAACUGGCGAAUCUCGGCUUGUUAUCAUCGUAGGCGCCAUAAAGGUCACCGCUGAAGCCACAACGUGAGCCAGUAAACGAACAAGCAAAAUUGUGGUGCAACCAAAAUAUUGCGUCGUAGUUUUGCGUUCGUUAUCACACAUUCUCCCUCGUGUUAUCAUAUUAUCCAGAGCGGGGAGACCAGCCUCCUGACCAAGUAGACUCCACAUCAGCAAAACUGGCGUCCACGGCAGCAGUAUCGAUGCAAGAGGAGCAGCAGCAGGAGCAACAACCGGCUGUAACAAACGGCGGUAGAAUGUCUCGAAAGCGACCACGCGACGCGACAGUCCCCCUGCUGGGACGAUCAGAAGAAUCCAUCUCGAUUGAAAUUCCGUCGGAUGAACCACAAUCAGAGCAACAACAACAACCCACAACAAAUGGCACCAAUAAUAAUGGCACUACUCCAAGCAACAGCGCGACACAGAAACGUUUCAGCAGCAUCCGCAUCGACGACGAUGGAAUGGAGACGGGCAGCGGUGAUAACUUUUGGCCGCCCAAUCAGGAAAGCUUCCGGAACGGACACGUGAGCUUCGACACUCCAUCGUCUUCGUCAUCGAAACCGAUGACAGGGCCCACAGUGUCACUUUCCAACUAUUCCAAACAGUUGGGAAGUGGAGUUGAACACAGCCCACCAGUUACAAUCUGCAAACCUGCACCGUUCUCCGACGAGCUGGAUGCCGUUGCCGAGCGGGACCGAUGCGACUACACAGAGAAAAUCACCUACCAAAUGGCCAGAUCCGGUACGGCCCCGCGAAGGAUUCGCGUCUACGCCGACGGAAUCUACGAUCUGUUCCACCAGGGCCACGCCCGGCAGCUGAUGCAGGCCAAGAAUGUGUUUCGUAAUGUGUAUCUGAUUGUUGGCGUGUGCAGCGAUGAGCUAACGCACAGCAGGAAGGGCCGCACCGUCAUGAACGACGACGAACGCUACGAGGCGGUCCGGCACUGUCGCUACGUGGACGAGAUCGUUCGCGAUGCGCCCUGGGAGCUGGACGACGAGUUCCUCGAGAAGCACAAGAUCGACUUCGUGGCCCACGACGAGAUCCCGUACAGCUCGGACGACUGCAACGACAUUUACGCCAACAUCAAGGCGCGCGGCAUGUUCGUGGCGACCGAGCGAACCGAGGGCGUCAGCACAUCGGACAUCGUGGCCCGGAUCGUCAAGGACUACGACAUUUACGUGCGGCGAAAUCUGGCCCGCGGCUACACGGCCAAAGAGCUGAACGUGUCGUUCCUGUCGGAGAAGAAGUUCCGCUUCCAGAACAAAAUGGACGAACUGAAGGACAAGGUAAAAAAGGGCAAGGGAGACAUCAUCAGCAAGUGGGAGGAGAAGUCCAGCGACUUCAUCCGGACGUUCCUGCUCAUGUUCGGCAAGGACAGUCGAAUCUCAAACUUCUGGUCCGAUUCGAAGAAAAGGAUCACAUCGGCCUUGAGCCCGCCCGGAAGUCCCAACGGGGGCAGCAACAGCAGUUUGCACGAAUACGGCGAUGAGGACGAUGCGGACAGUCCCGAUUCGGUGCUAGAUUCGCCACCGAUGAAGCGCUCGAAUCUGAUCAGAUCUGGACUCAUCUCUGGGAGGAAUCACCUCUCGGAAACCGAAGACGACGAGGAAGAGGAAGAGGAGGAAGAAUUUGUCGAUUCACGUUCGCGACCUGCUUCCAACUACAGUCUGGCAGCGAUAGCCAACGGUCAGCACUAAGGUGCACAAUUGCACGUGUGUAUGAGAUUGAGAUGAGAUUUUGUGUUGUUUGGGCGUUCGUUUUUGGUCUCCGCGCAAAUCGAGUUGAUUGCGCCCCGCUUUUUUGCAAGAAGGAACAGACUGGAUCUUUAACCGACAUGGCAAAGAAUGUAGAUUUAAAAGCGAAAGCAGGAACGACUGAGACUGAGAAUGCUUGAGUUUUGAGUAAGGAUGCGUAGCUAAAUUUUCCUGCAUAUUAUUACAUAUUUAUUUAAUUAUAAUCGCAAAUCUAGAGAAGGUUUUGUUUCUUCCUUUCGAUAGCAAUGUGUAGAUUUCUUUUGUGUUGCAAACAUUUAUCGUUAUGAUUAGCUCUUCAUUUCACUCAAAAAAUAUCUAGGCUUUAGUGUUUAGCGUUACCUUAAAGUACAUCAUAUUGGUUUUCUCAUUCAAAAUUAUUUGAUUUUAUUUCCAACAAAAAGCUAAAAGAAUGGUCUAAAUAACUCCUUUUCUACGUUAGGUAGCUCAGGGAUGUUACUUUUACCGAAUUGGAUUCGUUGAAAAGGCUGUUUCAUUUUAUAAUUUUAAAGAACAAGACAUUGUUUGCUGAAUUAAGGAAUGGUAUUUGCGAGGUAUCCAGGUGCUGAUCGGCAGACUUUUUUGAAGCGAGGUUUUUAGCAGGAAUUUGAACCAAAGUUUUUCGGAAUGGCGGCUGAUGGCGCGAUCUGAUGGCAACGGAAUAUUUUCCACGACGAUUUUGAGCAGUACAUUCCAGUGAAAUUUCUAACAUGAAUCUAUUAUCCUAAAUCAAAAUGACAUUCAAAUUCAACUUCCUUCUCAUAAGCAAUCUAAUGUUAAUAAGAAAUCUAAAAAAAAUAAUGUUUAACAAUUAGCGCUUUUCCCUUCUAAGGCUUCGCGAAGACGUCUUUUACGUAAACUGUUGUCCAUUACACUUCCCCGUUUUUUCCGGUUGAUAGAUUCUUGUGAGAGUUGCCUUUGACUAUUGAGAAACAGUACCAUUUACCUAAGAUCUAGUAUACAGCACGUGGUCUAUGCCGCUUCUAGCAACCAACCGGAUUUCCAAAGAAAGAAUGAAGUAGAUUCUCACGAAAGGGACGCGUAGUUUGAGCACAGAGAACGCAAUACAUCGCAUACCCACUAUAGUUAACGCGCACUUAGUGCUAUUUAUUGGAAUGGUCAAUACUUUUUGGUAGUUGGUGGAAGCUUGUCGGCUAGCUGAGGAUAUGAUUCGUAAUAUACAACCAUAUUAUCUAGAUAGUAUGUAAGCGUCAUGUUUGUUGAAUGUACCGACCGACGAGAGACAGAUUACCGAAAUGCAAACUACCUAUAUAUUGUAUUGGCGCAAAAUGAUUUGCCAGUUUUUAGAAGCUACCAGUAGGCAGUAGUAGGUUGUUUACAUUGGAAACAUUUAAUAACUUAUUCACCAAAUUACAACAAAACGAAAAAUGCAAAGAAAAUCUUGGAAUAAAUACAUUGAAAGUAAAAUAAUCAUGUUAUACACA